CCUAGCAGUGGAGAAAGCUGGUGCACAGGCUUGCAACGAAGCCCAUCGCAGUUUGACUGUUUGAGCAGCCCACCCCUCUCUGCAGUAUGCAUGUUCGCCAGGGAAUCCGCGAAGCGCUCACGUCCCAGCAGUGUGUUUCACCGGCCAGAGACCAUCUACUCAAGAGUCGAGGAUAAUAAAAUUGGAUGUGGCAGGCGGACCGGAGGCGGAAAGCCCGGAGUGACCGGAGGAAUACAGUAUUACUACAGGAAUACAGGCUGCCGCUCUCCUCUGAACGUGGACAAUCAUGCAUGUGCUCUUCUGGGGAUUGGGGUUCCUACUAUUCCCUGAUUUCUUGAAUGUGGUCGCAUCUACGGGGACAUUGUUUUUGAAUUCAAGCACAGUAAAAGAGGAGAUCGCCGCUUAUGAGAUUGUGACACCGGUGCGAGUGAAUGAAGCCGGUGACAAGUUUCCAACCAGUGUGCACUUCAAGAGGAAAAGACGAAGUUUGGACGAGAGCACCGGCAAUACUACGGAUCACUGGGCCUCGCCAAAUAUCCACUACAGAAUAUCUGCUUUCGGACAGAAUUAUCACCUCAACCUCACGCUGGAUUCGGGAUUUAUCGCACCUCUCUAUACUGUGACAGUACUUGGAGUACCCAGAGGAGAUAACAUAACGGAUUUUGCAACAGAUGGGGAGCUAGAGGAGGAGGAGGAGGAGGAGGAGGACACGGAGUUAAGGCACUGCUUCUAUAAGGGACAUGUAAAUGCACAAGCAGAACAUGCCGCGGUCAUCAGUUUGUGCUCCGGACUGCUUGGCACUUUCAGGUCUCCAGAAGGGGAGUAUUUUGUGGAGCCCCUACACAGCUAUCAAGGGGAACACUAUGAAGAGGAACACACAAAACCUCAUGUUGUAUACAGGAAGAGUGCACCCAAGAAACAACAGACAUCUGGGGAAAACUCAGCUUGUGACACUUCAGGACACAAACAGAGACAUAAGAGACACAAGCUUAAGAAAAGACCGGUGGCUGGGGUGACCGCCGCGUCGAAUGCAGCCCCUGUGGUCAGUGCUGGUAUAUUCAAUGACGUGGAGUCACUGAGUGCUGGCCUGGCCAGCGAUGCUUUGCUCAGAUCAGAGAGCGGCGGUGCUAGCGCUAGACCAUCAAAUGAUAGCAGCGGUGACUCAGGACCUCACAGGAGAUCAAAGCGCUUCCUCUCCUACCCGCGCUUCGUUGAAGUCAUGCUGGUGGCCGACAGCAAAAUGGUGGAGCAUCACGGCAGCAACCUACAGCACUACAUACUCACAUUAAUGUCCAUAGUAUCUUCCAUCUACAAGGACCCCAGCAUUGGCAACCUGAUUAACAUUGUAAUUGUAAAGUUAGUCAUAAUAAACAACGAGCUGGAUGGUCCAGUCAUUUCAUUUAAUGCACAGACCACUUUAAAGAACUUCUGCAUCUGGCAGCAGAGCCAGAACAUCCUGGAUGAUAACCACCAUUCCCAUCAUGACACUGCCAUCCUAAUCACCAGGCAGGACAUCUGCAGAGCAAGGGAUAAGUGUGACACCUUAGGACUUGCGGAGUUGGGGACGGUGUGUGAUCCAUACAGGAGCUGCAGCAUCAGUGAGGACAAUGGACUCAGCACUGCAUUCACCAUCGCCCAUGAACUUGGCCACGUGUUCAACAUGCCUCAUGACGACAGUAACAAGUGUAAGGAGGACGGAGUUAAGAUUCAACAACAUGUGAUGGCUCCCACACUUAACUACAACACAAACCCUUGGAUGUGGUCCAAGUGUAGCAGGAAGUACAUCACAGAGUUCCUCGACACAGGAUAUGGUGAGUGCUUGCUUGACGAGCCCGUUUCUAGGCCGUACAGUCUCUCGCAGCAGCUGCCUGGACGGAUAUACAAUGUCAAUAAACAGUGUGAAUUGAUAUUUGGGCCGGGAACGCAGGUGUGCCCUUAUAUGACCCAGUGUCGGAGGCUGUGGUGCACCAGUCCAGAGGGUGCCCAACGGGGCUGCAGGACCCAGCACAUGCCAUGGGCAGACGGCACUGACUGCUCCCUUGGAAAGCACUGCAAACACGGCCUGUGUAUAGCCAAAGAGCAUGACGCCACACCUGUGGAGGGGGCGUGGGGAGUUUGGAGUCCUUUUGGUACCUGUUCGAGGACAUGCGGCGGGGGCAUCAAGAUUGCCGUGCGCGAAUGCAACCGACCCGUGCCAAGGAAUGGAGGAAUGUAUUGUGUGGGACGCAGAAUGAAGUUUCGUUCCUGUAACUCUGAGCCGUGCUCAAAGCAGAAGAAGGACUUCAGGGAGGAGCAAUGUGCGGCUUUCGAUGGCAGGCAUUUCAACAUCAACGGUCUACCUCCUAAUGUUCGCUGGGUGCCCAAGUACAGCGGAAUCCUAAUGAAAGACAGGUGUAAGCUGUUCUGCAGGGUGGCAGGCAGCACGGCCUACUAUCAGCUCAGGGACAGGGUUAUUGAUGGCACACCGUGUGGACCCGAUACCAACGACAUCUGUGUCCAGGGCCUGUGCCGGCAAGCCGGCUGUGACCAUGUAUUGAACUCUAAAGCCAGGAGGGACAAGUGUGGUGUGUGCGGAGGUGACAACUCUUCCUGCAAAACUGUGGCAGGCACCUUCAACAUUGUCCGCUAUGGCUAUAAUGAAGUUGUGCGAAUACCCAGUGGUGCUACAAAUAUAGAUGUGCGUCAACACAGCUACUCAGGGAAACCGGAGGAUGACAACUACCUCGCCAUAUCAAAUAGCCGUGGAGAGUUCCUGCUUAAUGGAGAGUUUGUGGUCAGCAUGUUCAAAAGGGAAAUCAAAGUAGGAAGUGCUGUCAUCGAAUACAGUGGUUCUGACCAUGUCAUUGAGAGAAUCAACUGUACUGACCGCAUCGAGGAGGAGAUCAUUGUCCAGGUGCUGUCUGUGGGGAACCUUUACAACCCAGAUGUCAGGUACUCUUUUAACAUCCCCAUAGAGGACAAACCUCAGCAGUUCUUCUGGGAUGCCUAUGGGCCCUGGCAGGAGUGCAGUCGCCUGUGCCAAGGAGAGCGCAAGCGGAAGAUUCUCUGUAGUAGAGAGUCAGACAGGGUGGUGGUGUCAGACCAGAGGUGUCACGGUGCAGCUAGACCUGCUGUCAUCACUGAGCCAUGCAACACUGAAUGUGAACUCAGGUGGCAUGUGGCUCGUAAGAGUGAGUGCACAGCCCAGUGUGGCCUGGGAUAUCGUACCCUGGAGAUAUACUGCGCCAAAAUCAGCCGUACAGAUGGCAAGACCCAGAAGGUUGACGACCGCUACUGUAGCGGUCAGCACAAACCUGAUGAUAAGGAAGGUUGCCAUGGGGACUGUAACCCGGGUGGCUGGGAGUACUCGCCUUGGUCAGAGUGCUCCAAGAGCUGUGGUGGGGGCACCCGCCGUAGAGGGGCAGUGUGUCGAAAGGCAGCCGAGGCUGGUGGUGAUGAAAGCAAAUGCAGUCAAAGGGACAAGCUGACCGUCCAACCCUGCAAUGAAUUCCUCUGUCCACAAUGGAAGACUGGCGACUGGUCUGAGUGCCUCGUUACGUGUGGGAAAGGCUAUAAACACCGUCAGACCUGGUGCCAGUUUGGUGAGGACCGUUUAGACGACGGCUUUUGUGGCUCAUCUAAACCUGAGUCUGUGCAGACGUGCCAGCAGCAGGAGUGUGCCUCUUGGCAGGUCGGACCUUGGGGACAGUGCACUACCUCGUGUGGGCCAGGCUACCAGAUGCGAGCAGUGAAGUGUGUGGUUGGCUCUUAUGGUGCUGUUAUGGAUGACACUGAAUGUAAUGCUGCCACACGACCCACUGAUACCCAGGACUGUGAACUGGCCCAGUGUCCCAGCAGCCACCCUGUUCCCCCAGGGACCAAAGUCCCCUCUCACCAGGGCCACAAAACUCAGUGGCGGUUUGGUUCCUGGACCCAGUGUAGUGCCAGCUGUGGCAAAGGGACCCGGAUGCGCUACGUGAGUUGCCGUGACAACCAGGGUGGUGUGGCAGAUGAGUCGGCGUGCGCGCACCUACCGAAGCCACCUGCCAGAGAAGUGUGCUCAGUAGUGGCCUGUGGACAGUGGAAAGUGCUGGAAUGGACAGUGUGCUCAGUAACCUGCGGCCAGGGGAAGACGACGCGGCAGGUACUGUGCGUCAACUUCAGUGACCAAGAAGUGAAUGCUAGUGAGUGUGACCCAGACGAUCGUCCUACCACAGAGCAGGACUGUGCUAUGUCUCAAUGCCCGUCCCGCUCCAGUGAGACCCGACCUUUCCCGUCCUCACCAAAUGCCAGUGCCAGGAACAACCUGCCUCGUAGCCAAUCCCACCAAUGGCGGACUGGACCCUGGGGCGCGUGCUCCAGCACAUGUGCAGGAGGUUUCCAACGGCGUGUAGUAGUGUGCCAGGAUGAGAAUGGGUACCCUGCCAACAGCUGUGAGGAUCGCAGCCGGCCCAGUGAGCAGCGAUCCUGUGAGUCAGGGCCAUGUCCACAGUGGAUCUAUGGCAGCUGGGGAGAGUGCACCAAGCCAUGUGGAGGUGGAAUAAAGACGAGGCAAGUGGUGUGUCAGCGGCCAAACGGCGAGCGUUUCAAUGAUCUGAGCUGCGAGAUCCAUGACAAGCCACCAGAUCGCGAGCAGUGCAAUACUCAGCCGUGCCCGUCUAGCCCCCACUGGAUCACAGACCCAUGGAGCUCGUGCUCUGCCGCCUGUGGAAGAGGAUUCAAGUCCCGUAAAGUGAGCUGCGUGACCGGCUCUGGUCGCCCUGCCUCGGAAGACAACUGCCAGUCUCUGUCCCCCAAACCCAGCAAGCAGAGGCGCUGCCGAGGUGGACGAUGUCCCAAGUGGAAGACUGGCAACUGGGGAGAGUGUUCAGCAUCGUGUGGCGACGGCGUCCAGCGACGGGAGGUGUUCUGCCAGGUUGGAGACCGACGGAGCCCGCUGGAGAGCGGCUGCUCCCAGCGCUCCAGACCGGCGUCCAGCCAGAGCUGCCGGGUCGCUGACUGCCCCUCCCGGUACCGGUGGAGAGAAGGAGACUGGCAGACGUGCAGUAAGUCGUGUGGAGCGGGCCACCGACAACGAGCCUUGCAGUGUGUGGACCACAACCAGCAGGAGGUCCAUGAGAUGUACUGUGUGAACCAGAUCAGACCUCCAGAAAUAGAGAGCUGUAACAUGAAUGCCUGUGAGUUAAUCUGGAUCACAGGGGAAUGGACUGAGUGCUCAGCCAGCUGUGGCCAGGGCUACCGCCAGCGUCUGAUCUCUUGCAGCGAGGUGCAUGUGGAGAAUGACAACUAUGAGUAUGGCCAUCAGUCUUUGUCCAACUGCCCCGGGACCCCCCCUGAAAGCUACAUGCCUUGUAAUUUGGACCCGUGCCCGCCGCAGCAGGAGUGGAGGGUUGGAAUCUGGGGACUGUGUUCAGUGAGCUGCGGUGAUGGAGUGAUGGAGAGGACGGUGCAGUGUGUGGCAGCAAAUGGUCAGGAAAGCAAUAAGUGUUCUCAAGACACCAUGCCAGAGGCCAGAAAGGUCUGCAGAAAUCCAAGCUGCCAUUUGCCAUCCAGCUGUCAAGACGUCCAGAGCAUUAAAGGCCCCCUCCCAGACAGCGAACACUUUCUCAAUAUUCAAGGAAAAGCACUCAAGGUCUACUGUGCAGGAAUGCAGACGGAGACUCCACAGGAGUAUAUCACCUUGACGACGGGAGAAAGGGAGAAUUUUUCAGAGAUCUUUGGCUUCAGGCUCAAUGACCCCACCCAGUGUCCAACCAAUGGCUCCAGAAGAGAGGACUGUGACUGUCGGAGAGACUACACCGCCGCUGGCAUCACCACCUUCUCCAAAGUCCGCCUGGACCUCAGCAAAAUGAACAUCAUCACUACAGAUUGGCAGUUUGCUUUCACCCGUGAAGGCAAGAGUGUUCCUUUUGCAACAGCUGGAGACUGCUACAGCGCCGCACGAUGUCCACAGGGGCGAUUCAGGAUCAAUCUCUCAGGAACAGGUUUUAAGGUGGCUGAGGACACCUCAUGGACUUCCCAGGGAAACUAUGCAGUGGCUGAUGUACAAAAAUCACAGGGUGGCAGCAGAGUGUCAGGAAUGUGCGGAGGCUACUGUGGUAAAUGUACACCGUCCUCUGGCUCCAGCCUGCCUGUAUCAGUGGAAUACAUCUAAUACCAUCAGACAACACCUAUUCCCAUUCAUCUCGACAGUUCUCUUCAGGUGCUUGUUGUGUUCAAAACAUCCCUCCUCUUUGGUGCUACUACAGCCAACUCAGAGCUUAAACCCGUCCUUCACAUGACCUCUUUUACUCCUGUGUGUGUAUAUUGUAAAUGAAUCUGCUGUAAGUACUGUACAUAGCAGGAUACAAAUGUCUUAUUUAUUGUACUCUCCAUUUAUUUUUGUAUUGUAAUAUAAUUUAACAGUUGCCAUUUAUGAGAUUUUUUUUUUGCUAGAUUGUCCCUUCCAAUUUAGAUAUUUGCUACUUGGACUUUUUAGUACUGCUAUUACUCUAUAGUGCAUGUGUUACAGCCAUAUGUUCUUUUCAAUACUAAUUCAGUGAGUUGUGUUUAUUCCAAUAAUGUUAUUGUUGUGAUGGGCCUGUUGUCCAUAUGUAGCAAGGUGUCUCCAAUUAGUGGGUCUUAUUUUAAACCUUUUUUUUGCUUCAGGCAAGAUUUUGGGGACAGUACAGAUGCCAAAUAUAAGCACAGAGCCAUGAGGAGCUCCAUGAGCAGAUUUUUUUGGUUAGGGAAGUUGGAAGGCUUUCGUCCGCAGCAGAGAACAUAGUGCAGGCUCAUGAACUGUAUCAUGUGCGACAAUAACACACUGCAAGAUACUGAAUGUGGAAAAGACACUACAGGGAUGAAGCCAAUUCAUGAUCCAUACACCAGCAUCAGUGUCAUUCUGAGCUGAAAGAAAAAGAUCACAGCUUCAAACCUCUUUGCAGGAGGACAGGUAUGGGAGAGCAACUGUGAGUCAGUUGAAGGGUCUGAUCAUGUAUUUUUAUAGCUUUAAAGAAUGAAUGCAUGCAAUGUUAUAAGGAGUUUGGGUUAUAAGGAGUUCGGUCUAGACCUGCUCCAUUUGAAAAGUGUCCUGAGAUAACUUCUGUUAUGAAUUGGUGCUAUACAAAUAAAAUUGAAUUGAAAAUAUUUAAUUGAAUGCAUCAAGAAGGGGUAGGUGUGGACGUAGGUUUUACAGGCCAGACCUUGGGAGGAAGUGAGAUGUUUACUGAUACACAAACACAGUGCAGUAUUACACAUAAGUACAAACACACUGGAACACAUUACUGGACCACAAGGAGAAGGCUGUAGGUUACAAGAACUGUAGAGAUUAUCUUGCCAGACAUCAGAGAGAACCGAAUCCCUCUGUGUUCUUGCAUAUCUCUCAGGUAGCGUUCAGUGACCAGAGAGAGCCAUUAGCCUUUAGCUCUUAGAGAGCAGACAGGUUAUCUUAUCUGGAGCAACUUGAAAGAAAGACUUCACCCCGGGCCAAUAAAAUUCCAGUAGAUACCCCGGAGAUAUAAUGCAUUGGUCCGGCCCUGGAGACACCUCUCAAACUGCUAAACUCACAGGCCCCGCAGCGUGCUUUCUGUCCAGAUGCUGCCUGUAAACUGUUGCCUUGUGUGCCUCACAUUCUUCUCUCCGUCUUUGUUUUUAAGCAUCUGUCCAAACUGUACAUACAGAUGUCCUCCCGUUCAGAGCAUUCUGACCUGUUGUUUUUGUUACAAUAUCAGGGUACUUUUUGUGUAUAUGUAAGUUUUUGUAUCUCUUUAGUCAGUUUCUCUUUAGUUUAUGGAGUUUUGUGAGCAGAUUUUAUUUUUGCAGAAACAGGAAGAAACCAUACAAGUCAAGAAGGAGAUACAAAAAUAAAUAUUUUUUUUACGUUCUUGAAGCCUUAACUCUGUGUAUGUAGGGUACCUCCUGUAUCCAUUAAGAAGCCAUAUUUGCUUUUAAGCCUUUCUGUACAUGGUUGUAUUUCAGUGCUUUAUGUGAUAAUGUGCACUCUUCAGCCAAAGGGAAUUUCACAGUCUUAAUCUGCCACUAUACAAGUAUGAAACAAUAUUAAGACAUAAAGACCGAUAGUCGCAACUGAUAAAUGCCCUUCUCAUUGUGAAUGUCAGAAGAGUUCUCAGGUGUCAUAAAUCAAGGGAUUAUUAUGAUUUUGAAGUGUAUUUAUCUUAUUUUACAAUGUAUUAUUGAAGUGUCAUUAUAUAUGCUUUAUUAUAUAUGCAAAUAUUUAUUUUAUCUUUUCUUAACGUGAAUGUACAUAGGCUUUGGCCAUAAAUGACUAUGAAGUACCAUGCAGUAUCGUAUAAAUGAACUGUCUGGCAACACAUUUCCUGUUUUGUGAAUACAUUUAUUUAUCUGUAUGUCAUAUCUGCAUAAAGUGUAUAAGCAGAGUUUGGUGCUACCAUAUGAAAAGCAUGAUUUAUAUGAAAUUAGAUCAGAAGGAAAUAAAAUGCCUGACAAAUUCCAA